AUGGCAACAACUACCUCGAUCGACCGGCUUCUACUCACGCAGCUCCCUACCGACCUGCCGUGGCCCCAAGGAGCGGCUCGCCAGAUGUGGGCUGUUGAGCUCAAGCGUGAUUGGAAAUAUCUCGACACGACAAACGAUGUACCCGGUGCUUGGAGGGGCAGGAUGCCACCAAACCUAUUGGUAAACGGCCGCCUCCCACUCUUCAAGAAGGAACCAGGUUAUAUGUUCUUUCGGGGCAAGUCCACUGCCAUGGUAUUCUUUUUCAAAGGCACCAAAAAGAUCCCAGUGGUCCUCCCUCUUAGUAUCUUGAACAUCGGGGCCAAGUUCCGUACUUUGGCUGAGCAGACAGUCGAACUACUUCCGGCCCCGGUUUCUUCUUCUUUUGUACCUCAGACACAGAGCGUCACCCACAACAACGGUUCGAUACUUGAGCGAUUCAUCCGAACACUUUGGUCGACAUUUGCGACCGUGCCCAAUCAACUCAGAGCAUUUGGAUUCACAGAUGAAGACCUCACUCUUUGCUUCGGUGGACAGAAUCUACGACACAAUGUUGAUGCUCUGUGCGCAGCUUUCAUCCCUGACGUCUUGAACGUCCUCAAAGACGGACGGUUCUCUCUCAAGAACAUACUGGAUCUCCGACACAUUUCGCUAGACUGGCCUAAUCGUCCCACUAUCUACCUACGAGUUUAUACACACCCCCGAGACCAACCUAACGGGACAUACCGCGAUGCCUCCCAAGCCGACAUUAACCAUUAUGUGGGCUUCUACGUUGGUAAAUCUAUCAACCCAUGGUACCGACACCUUCACCAUGGAUAUGUCACCGAUUCCGAAGCUCGGCGUUCUGGAGGGGGGCACUACGCAAUUGCACGAAAGUCACAAAAGGAGCAUCGACAUAUGAUCCCUCUUAUGACUUUUGAUGAAGGCACUCCUCCUCAUCUUAUCAAAAUGGCAGAGCAAACAAUGAUAAUUGUACUUCGAACCUACCACAAUGCAUGCUUUCAGCCAGUCGACAUGAACUCCGAGGGAAGUUGGGUUCAAAUGCAGUGCAAAGCUCAAUUCAUGCAUUCUAUCUCACGUUUCGCAGUAUCAGCGACAGGUUGGCCCAAAAUAAAGCCCCGUGGAUGCAACUUGAGCUCCCCCAUGUUCGAAAGUGCCACUGCGGGACGAAAUUAUUUCGACUGUUUCCCUAUGGUCCCAGGCAAGGCAUCAGCUCCUGGUGACGUGUCGGCUCGCACCUUUACCACCUAUCGAGUCCGGAAAACGCCGAACACGCUGAACGUGAUCCCCAUACGUUUGGUCAAUGAGCAAGGCACUGGUCGCAGUGUAGUGUUUAGAUUCCACGGGGCGGUUUCUCAGUUACCAGGCCCAAAGCCAUAUGAUGCUAGAUAUGGUUACCUCGUCUUUGAAGUGAUGGAUGAUCAUAAGCCACAUGAUCAUGCUUGGCUUGGCGUCCCAUCCGUAGGCCAGUAUGUCAAUUUUGAUGAGGCAUCUUGCUUUUCCGUCGCAUACGAGUGGUUCGACCAAGGACAACAAACGUGGCUCAGUAUGCCAAUGUAUCGUUCGAAAAAGAGCACCAAUACGAUGGCUGCCUACGUUAAUAACCUCAACAUUGAAGGAGUUUUGAAACCCUGGCGUGUUGCCAUGGAUAUCCUUCAAGCUUUAGAGGGGCGAGUAUACACAGAACCACUCGAGGGGUUCCCCAAGAAAUGGAGCAUCGUGAAUGCCAGAAAGUUGGAGACCAAUCACUUGGCCCAAACGUAUCGAUGGGUCUCUCUGGAGUCGAGCGCUCCUCGUCCUGUACCAGCGUAUGCGACUUGGGAUGACAAUUUCCGAUCAGUCAGACGCCUGUUCGGCACGGAUCUAACCCAUAUUGCAACCACGGGGCCCUUCAAGUUCACUUCCGAUGUCAUGAAUCGCGUGGCUAGCGAUAACCGACAGAACACAGUGGUCGCACACCAGUGUGAUACAUGCAUAUACAUCGGAGCACGCAUCACAUGCGUACGCGAUGAGAGCAGGACUGAUGUCUGGGUUUGUACAUGUUGUUCUCUCUUCCACAGGCCUUGCACGUUUACAGCGUUCAGUGAUAAAGAGCAGCUUUGGGGAACUGAUCUGCCACACAUUCCCGACUCCAGGCUUUCUGAGCACCCGACAGGCCCGCACCGCUUCCUGGCGUACCACAAUUCUAUGACUGUUGCGCAGCUGUGCGAGGCAACCAGAGUGCCUAUCCCUCUAUCUGAGCAUCUCUUCGAGGAGGCGGAAGGGGAGGAAGGUGGUGGUGAAGGCGAGCAGGAUGACGGCGAUGUUGACAGUGGGGAAGAGUGA